GCGCCGCGGCGCGCGCACUGGGCAUGCUCCGCCCGGCCGCCCGGCUCCGCUCCGCUCCGCUCCGCUCUGCUCUGGGAGGCUGGGCUCCGGGAGGCUCCGCAGCCCGCACAUCAGCCGGCGCGGGGGCAGGGACAGCCGCCGAGAGGCUGCGGGCGUCGGCACGGCGCGGAUCCCGGGCUGGCCAUGGCGAGGAGCGCACGGCAGCCGCCGGAGUGGCGAGGCGGCGUCAGGUUUUUAAUCAGGAGCCAACUACAUGGAGCCAGGCCAGGUUUGGCCCCUGGCCUGCUGUGAGCAGAGUGUUACCCACUAGAGGAUUCCCCCGGCCGGCUGGCUCUGCCGCUGUAAAGAACAAGCGAAGAAGAUGGAUGGAGUGAAGAGACAUCUGCCUGUGUGCUUCCUGCCUCCUGUGCCCUUGUUAAUCCUAGUAUCCACUCUGGCGACUGCCAGCAGUGUGACCAGCAGCACUUUAAACGGCACCGACGUGGCUGUGGGCUCGGCGCCCGUGGUCGUUGCCAGAACCGACCAUAUCAUCGUCAAGGAAGGGAACAGUGCCUUGAUCAACUGCAGCGUCUCCGGCCUUCCCGAACCCCAGUUCAAGUGGUACAAUUCGGCGGGCAAACUGCUGAGCGAGAACGAGGAGGAUCAAGGGGGAGGAAAGUGGCAGAUGCAUGACGGCCUCCUGAACAUCACCAAGGUGUCCUUCUCAGACCGAGGGAGAUACACGUGCGUGGCCUCCAACGUGCACGGUUCUGUGAACAACACGGUGACGCUGCGGGUGGUCUUCACGUCGGGCGACAUGGGCGUGUACUACAUGGUGGUGUGCCUGGUGGCCUUCGCCGUGGUGCUGGUGCUCAACGUCACCCGCCUCUGCAUGAUGAGCAGCCACCUGAAGAAGACCGAGAAGGCCAUCAACGAGUUCUUCCGCACGGAGGGCGCUGAGAAGCUGCAGAAGGCCUUUGAGAUCGCUAAGCGCAUCCCGAUCAUCACCUCAGCCAAGACGCUGGAGCUGGCCAAGGUCACGCAGUUCAAGACCAUGGAGUUCGCCCGCUACAUCGAGGAGCUGGCACGCAGUGUGCCGCUGCCCCCACUCAUCAUGAACUGCAGGACCAUCGUGGAGGAGCUCAUGGAGGUGGUGGGCCUGGAUGAGCAUGGCCACCAGAACUUCGUGCGCCACACGCCUGAGGGCCAGGAGGCCGCAGCCGCCGACGGGGACGAGGUCUACACCAUCCCCGACGCCGACUCUGAUGCCUCAUCGCUGCACGAGCAGCCCCAGCAGAUCGCCAUCGAGGUGUCUGUGCACCCCCCAGCCCACCGGGAGCCCUCGGACGACCGGGCCGCAGGGGCCCUCGAGGCCGGAGAGGAGGAGGAGGACACCGAGCCGUCGGCCGAGCACUCCCCGGAGUCCGCGGCACCCUCCACCGAGGUCACGUCAGCAGCGCUGACCUCCGAGGAACCAACGCCCGUCGAGGUGCCGGACCGCGUCCUGCCGCCUGGUCUGCUAGAGGCCGCGGAGCCAGCCAGGCCGCGGGAAGGGAGCACCCACGUCGUCUAUGAAAGCCAUGUCUAACAGUGUACCCCCCCACCCCGAAGCUAUGCACACCCCGAGAUUCAGGGCCACCCCUCGGGACAGAUGCAGGCUGCCCUCGCCGCUAAGCCUUACCGGAGACGCCAGUCGUAGGUAGGAGUCUGGCCCCACACGCACGUACGAGUCAGGCCCCCGCACGCACGCCCCGGUCGACCCCAGCCAAGGGGGAUGCGAGCACCGUCGGGGAGCGGGGGUGGUGACCUUGGGCAGGUGUCUGUCCACGUGACACGAACCUCAGAGGCUCUUCUCCGCCAGAUAACCUUAACCGCUGCUGCCCUUUUGGCAGAGAACACUGACUGUCAGAGACUCUGAGUUCACAGCCCUGCCCGGGGCACAGGGCGCCGCUCUUCUUUUGAAAAAUGGGUCUGCUAAGGGAGCAGCUGUAGUCCAUCCCUCCGCGGCUCUGUUGCACUUUCUUCUCAGUUUUGCCCCAUCACUGUCGCUUUAUAACCCAGGCUUUGCGACUUGAAUGCUGACCGUUCCUGCGGGUCUCUUCCCUUAGCCACUCUGUCCUUAUUCCCGCCCCCACCCCCACCGUCUCACACACACCCCAGACUUUUACCUCGCAGGCUUUGGUGUCAGGGCCGAUUCCCACGAGUCAUCUUAACAUUCCAAAGCAGCUAGCUACCAGCCUCCUGAUGUUUGUCGUUUCCCAGGCCUGUCUCCAUCGGUUGCUUUUUUUGUUCAUUCGUUUCCAGUGAAGCUGCUGUUGUGAAACUGAGAGAAGAAAAAAAAAAAAAAAAAAAAACCUUGCCCAGGAAUAGCACUUUAAUAGCCAAAUAAAAAUAGGUUUACCCGUCCCAUUCUGAGAGCCUUUGGGUAAGCUCAGCUGAGGUUGGAGGGAGACCAUGAACUUGAAUCUGCCCAGACUGCCCCUGGAAAGCCCUGUUCUUAUGUCUAAGCAGUGUCCCCCUCCAAGCCAGCUGCUGCUUCAUCUGGAAGGCAUGUCACCUCCAGAGACAGAGGCACCUGAGGAAUCUGUUUAAGUGGGGAGCGUGGGGCUCCCGCCACAGCUGCCAUGGACCACGGACGUCAGGGGACCCCAAUGCUUGGGUUAGGGCAGCAAGCGUGAGGGUCCUGGGGGUCACCCCACCAGGCCCACUCCUGUUAACUGCAUGGCUGACUUGUCCAUCCUUGAAGGGGGCAGAGACAGGUUAGGAUAAUGGCAUCAUCAUGCCAGCAUUCUUGAAUUCAUUUUUAGCCCCCACGAGAAGGCAGCUGUAUGUGAGGCCAGAGUGAUGUUCUAGAAAGAAGCCGAAGCUAGUUGCCUCAGGCCCACACCUCAUUGGCCUGUGCUCGUAACCACUGUGGGCUUUGUGCAAGUGGGGGGCACCCCAUGCACUCCCCGGCUCCAUCUAAGUGCUUCCCUUGCCCACAUUACCAAACCAGCAUCAUCACCUGCCCUUCUCCACAAUUGCUUUCAGAUUACCUCUGUCCUCUGUGGUUCUUCUAACAUUUUUUAUGCUGAAAAUCAGUACUGUUGCAAAUUCAAGGAACCAGCUUACAAAACUCAAAGCUUUUUAAGACAGCUGUGGAUCUUCUGCCCCCAAAAGCAUUAGAGCAACGUCUACAGUUUAGAUGUAACCAUGAAAAGGAGAGGUAUAAUUUCCUUGCCAUUUACGAGCAAGAGUGCCAUAACCUUGAGGUCGUCAUGAGUGUCAUGGCCACAUCACGGGUCCACAAAGGUCCCUUGGGCUGCACGGUUGGUGAACAGACCCAAGGCUUAGUCCUCAUGUCCUCACUGUCUGCAUGAGUGAGACUUCACCGCGUCCCUGGGUUGAAUCUUUCUCGUCUGCCAAACACGAAGGUGGUACUUGGAUCCCCAGAUCCCACCUGGUUCUGACAUUUAGAGUUUUGUGGAAAGUUUGUCAUCUCCCAUGAUGGCCCCCCUUACACAAGACAAGGAGUCUUAGGAGCAGAAAUGGGCCUGUGAUGUUAUUAGAUGCUUUUGCUGCCAACUUUUUCAGAAAAUUCAUCUGGGUCUGGAGCUGAGAACAGAGGGCUUGGCUUCAGUGGUUUUUCUGUGUAGAGAUAACUGAUGUGAAAGGUGGUCUGACACACACACAUUGGGUCAGAUUCCUCUUGGCCUCAGAUGACCCAUUGCCAUCAGUUUGGAGUGUCUUGGGUGGUCACCUAAAACAUGAGAAGUGAACAGUCCAGAGAAACCUUGACCCCCACAUGGGCUCCCUGGACAAAGGUUUUCUGUAUUUGGCCUGUGGAGAAGUUUAAUCACCACAUCUUAGAAUGUAAACAUUUUUCCACUUGUGGAGGUCAGCAGAUCCUUACCAUGGAUCUAUGCACCCAAAGCCACAAUAGGGGGUCCCCAAAUAAACUUUUUCCCAUUCCAUCCCCUUCUCCCUCCACUGAAACCCACAUACAGGUUUCCACAUGGAAAUGACAGGAGAAGGCAUCUCCCACCUGGAUGUUGGAUACAGAUAGUUAAACACAGGCAGAUUUUUCUUAAAGCAGGAGCAGAACUGAGUGACCAAAGAAUGUUUUCAGGUUGGUUUUAGCUUCUUUAGACUGGGGAGAUUAUGUCGAUUUUUAAAAUGUUCCCCUUUAAGGCAUCAGAAAGCUCUUGAUAGAAUAAUAUUAAUAGCCAACCAGAGAUGAGGCUGGCUUACUACAAAGAUGUCUCUGUCUCUUCCUGUUUAUGCUAUAGCUUCUUUACGAAAUAGAAAUGCUCUCCCACUAGAAUACGGGACAGAGACAGUCUCAUGACUUUCGCCUGGUUUUUCAAAGAUAAAUUGGUCAGCUUCAUAGAAAUUUAUAGAAGUAUGGCUACAUAUGGCUCUUUGGGGCAGUUUUGCAGCUUAACACUGAAUCCCAAGCCAUGUCCCUUGGGUCUUAGGUCAUUCUUCUCAAAAGCAAGCAGUUUCUGGUUUCCGAGUCAGCUGGUCAUAUCUAUAACAAUUUUUUUUCUUAAAGUUCCGAAAAUGAUUCAGAUAUGUGUGCAUAUUUAAUUCACUGCAAUGACCUGUAAACUUGGAUGGUAUUUAUUCUAAAUGGGGGAAAAACAAUUUUAUAUUGCAAAUCUAUGUAAUUUAUAAUGGUUUUGUUUUAUAUAUAUUUUCAUAUCUUUAGGGCACAUCUACUAUUCUCAUCUUUUUGUAUAUCAUACUUGACAAAAAGAGAUACUAAUACUUGACUAAAUCUCUAGGAACCAAAUGUGACAUCUGUAACGUAUAGAAAUCGCUCUAGAAACACCUGAAUGUCCUCGCUCGUCCUGAGCAUUACUGUACUGUCAUUACACCCAGAAUGAUUGCUGAUGGGCGUUUGUGUUUUUUUCCCCAAAGCCAAGGCCAAAAGUCCUGACCUCCCACACAGUGGAGUCUGGAAUCCUUUGCUUCUUUAUUGUGUGUUUCAUUUUUAACUGUAGACAUCUGUGUUGUUCAGGCUUCCUUUGAAGGGCACAUGUGAUAAGAAAGCAAUUUGGUGAAGACUGGGCUUGAACGAUGGCUAUGUAGCUUAUUCACUGGACUGAUAACAUUUCAAGUAUAAUACAUGGAUUGUUACUUAUUGGUAACCUUGAAUCUGUUCAGCUCUUUAGCCCAUGAAGAAAGCGUAAGGCAGAAAGAAUGUUUGCCUGUUUUAAACAGAUAGCCUCUAAAUGUAGUGCCACCGACACAAACCAGCUCAACCCUAGAGACCCCAAUCCCUGGCGGCUGAGGAGCUCUUUCAGAAAGGCAAACCAGCCCACCUGUAUGUGCAGGUUGAAUUUCAGUCUUAUACCAGGGCUUCCCUGGUGUCUCAUACAGUAAAAAAUCUGCCUGCAACACGGGAGACCUGGGUUCAGUCCCUGGGUGGGGAAGAUCCCCUGGAGGAGGGAAUGGCAACCUAUGCCAGUAUUCUUGCCUGGAGAAUCCCAUGGACAGAGGACCCUAGCAGGCUUCAGUCCAUGGGGUCACAAAGAGUCAGACACGACUAUGUGACUGCCACUUUCACGUUUUCACCAGUGCUCAAACUCCUCAUACCCCAGUGGUUCUGUGAACAGGGGUUUCGUCUCAGUAUUUCAUUGGGUGAGAAAACAGAGCAUUUCGCUUAUCUUUCAGAUACUCUGUUUUAUACUCAGCACAGUUCAAUGACUACCCAGUAUCCAUCUUCACACACCCUUUUUGCAUUCCCUUUACGUCAUAAUCCCUGUUUCUGUUCUGGCUCUUUAGACUAAUUCAUUGGUACUCUUUAAAUAGCCACCAGAUCUCA